CCUGGAGAGGAGCGCCCAAGGUGAGGCACUCCCACCCCAUCCCCGCCCGCUUGCGGGGCGCCGUCACGUGAUCCCAGACGAGGUGGAGUCCGGCUUUAAGGGGGCGUCCCUUCCUAUCCUCACCCAUCUGUAGGAUUGGAGAGGGAGGCAUACCAACGGCUCAUUCCUGCUCUUCGCCCCGGCUUUCUUCCCGCUCCCAUCAACAGGGGCAGGGGGGAAAAAAAAAAAGAGAGAUCAAUUCGAAAGAGGGGAUUGUUCAGUUCAAGAGAAUGAAGAAUUCAGAAUAACGUUGGUACAUGGAUUCCAACAUGGGAUAUAAGAAUAAACUGAACAGUUGAUGUGCUUGGAAGAAAGAUCCUGUCCAUUUGUUAAGUAAUCAAUCACAACUAAAACCAAUCAAAAUGAAUUCAACACUGUUUUCCCAGGCUGAAAAUCAUUCGGUUCAUUAUAAUGUUUCAGAGCGGAAUUCCCGGUUUUUGACUUUUGAGACUGAUGACUGCCACCUGCCCUUGGCUGUGAUAUUCACCUUAGCUCUUGCUUAUGGAGUUGUGAUCAUCCUGGGCGUCUCGGGAAACCUGGCCUUGAUCAUCAUCAUCCUGAGACAGAAGGAGAUGAGGAACGUCACCAACAUCCUCAUUGUGAACCUCUCCUUCUCAGACCUGCUGGUGGCCGUCAUGUGUCUCCCCUUCACGUUCGUCUACACGCUAAUGGACCACUGGGUCUUCGGGGAGACAAUGUGCAAACUGAACCCUUUUGUGCAGUGCGUCUCCAUCACGGUGUCUAUCUUCUCUCUGGUCCUCAUUGCUGUGGAACGACACCAGCUGAUCAUCAACCCGCGGGGGUGGCGACCAAACAACAGACACGCUUACAUCGGCAUUGCUGUCAUCUGGGCCCUUGCUGUGGCUUCUUCGCUGCCCUUCCUGAUCUAUCAAGUGUUGACGGAUGAGCCAUUCUACAAUGUGACGCUGGACGCCUUCAAGGGCAAGUAUGUGUGCUUUGACCAGUUUCCAUCAGACUCUCACAGGUUGUCUUACACCACUCUCCUCCUGCUGCUGCAGUAUUUUGGCCCACUGUGUUUUAUAUUUAUAUGCUACUUCAAGAUAUAUAUUCGCUUAAAAAGGAGAAACAACAUGAUGGACAAGAUGAGAGAGAGCAAGUACAGGUCCAGUGAGACCAAGAGGAUCCACAUCAUGCUGCUGUCCAUCGUGGUGGCGUUUGCCGUGUGCUGGCUGCCGCUCACCAUCUUCAACACUGUGUUUGACUGGAACCACCAGAUCAUCGCCACCUGCAACCACAACCUGCUCUUCCUGCUCUGCCACCUCACAGCGAUGAUCUCCACCUGCGUCAACCCCAUCUUCUAUGGAUUUCUGAACAAGAACUUUCAGAGAGACUUGCAGUUCUUCUUUAAUUUCUGUGACUUCCGGUCCCGGGAUGAUGACUACGAGACGAUCGCCAUGUCCACCAUGCACACGGACGUCUCUAAGACGUCUUUGAAGCAAGCAAGCCCAGUCGCGUUAAAAAAAAUUAAUAAUGAUGACAAUGAAAAAAUCUGAAACGACCUGUAUGGGACAUCCGUUUCAAGGCAAGCACAACCUGCAACACGCUUUCAUCACCUCUUCUCCCAAGGAAAGGGGGUGAGAGGAUUUGUGAAAGGCUGAGCUUUUCUUGUCUUGCUUUUCUACUGCUUUUGUUAAAGCUGUCAUGGUUAUACUUGGAACAAAAGUGGUGAGCCUUGAGCUCUGCUGACAAUUGUUUUGAUCAGGCUUUUUUGAAGUGCUUUUUGGAAACUUAUGCAUACGCUGUAAAGACUUUUAGAUUGUAUUUAUUGGAAUGAAAUUUCUAUAAAGUAUUAUUAUGGACUGACUGCAGAAAUACUGGCCACCGUGACAGACAGGGCCAUUCCGAUUUCAGCUGCAGAGGCGGAGAUGGGACACAGCAGCAUUCAGCAGGUGGACCCAAAGGGGAACCUAAAGAUAGUCAGGCAUGAUUUCCAUAUUUUAUUUCCUGUUUUAAGAGAGGAGUACAUUUUCUCCUAAUUGACUAUCACUUAGGUUGAGAUAAAAUGUACAAAAGAUAUUUCCUAGCUGUGAAUAUCAUGGGGAAUUGGGCCAACCGGAAGAAUAAAGGGGGAAGGCAAAUCUCUAACUUCAAACUCUUUGGCACCUGACCACCAAAGCAUUUCAGAGUAAUCAGACUAACAUUUGA